AUGCAAAUCGUUGAGGCAGAGACACCGAGCAUGACAGCUUCCAACAAUGACAGUGAUGACGAUUUCCUUAUGCUUUUCGGCGGAUUUACAGUUUCUGAGAAACCCAUCCCACCAAUGUCAUGGGUAGAGGAUGAGCUGGCAGCAAUGGACAUGGACAAUCUGGAUCAAUCUUCCCAGUGUUGCCGUGAUUUACAAGAGGAAUACCACUGGGACGAGCCUCUACUGAGAGACAUGGCUAUUGACAGGCCUUCGCAACAAGGUGGGAACCGUCUACUACGGACUACACGUCCGUUACGUGAUAAGAGCCGGAAGACGACGUUCUCCAAGAAACAAGUCAGCUAG